AUGGCUUCCAUAGAGAACUACAACCAGUUUCCCCGACAGCAGCCGCCCGAGCCCCCGCGCCACCACCAACGCUCCAAGUCCAACGUGCUCAAGUCCUUCAUCCACCGCCGCAACAAUUCUGAUGGCUCGGCACUGCCAACUGCAGACCUGAUGGCCCCGGCACGCGUCACUGUCAAUCCCGAGGACAUGCGCACCCCGGACUUCUCGCGACCCCCAGCCCUCGGCGAGAUCCAGAACAUUCGAGUCGACGGGCCCCCGCCGAGGUCGCCCGGCAAGCUCUUCGAUAGCAGAUCUCGCUCUCGCUCCCCGACCAAGACAACCACCACCGUUCCCCUCAAGCCCUCGGAUGACGGGCCUCCGUGCUCGGGCAAGCCAAAGGAGAGCGCCUCGCUCCACAAGCCCAAGAAGACCAAGUCGGUUACAAACCUGGUUGGCCUCCUAACCCGGCCCAAGAGCUCCAAGGAUCUGAACAAGAUGGCAACCGAAGACGACAAACGCACAAGGAAGGACAAGGAAAACAGGACGCCUCCCUGCUCCAUGAGCAACCCCCACGAGGAAGCUCGCCCGCCCAUCUACGCUCAGUUCUCCAGCGGAGCGCUGGAGAAGCAGGCCUCUGUUUCGAACCUGGGAAACUUUGGGCUCGCCAGUCGGAUCCCGGAUAACCGCUCUUCGAGCGACAUCUCCAACGGCUCUGGUCGAAGGCCCCGGCCCCAGUCGUACCAUGCACAGUAUACACAGCGAUCCGAGUCCAGCUCGGCUCAGAGUAGUCUGAAAGCCCCCUCGCCCUCCAAGACCCAGCGUGGCCUUAAGCUGUUCACGCGGGGCCUGGCUGGCUCCAAGCCCGAGGUGGCUCCUGCCGACAAGGCGGAGCCGGUCAUCGACCCCAAGGAUAUCGACAAACAUCUAGAGGCCAUGCUGGACCGAAGGAACAUCCCGGAGAACCAACGCUACAAGAUGAGAAACCUGGCAGACACUAUCAAGAUGGAAUUCAUUCGACAGGACUGGGCCGAGAGUCACGCGGCCCUCAACCGCCCCAGCACCAACGACAGUGACGGCAGCAUCGGGGCAGCUCAGAGCAAGGAGACUAGCAAGCCCAAGAAGCCGCGCGGUAUGAGCUUCACCCUCUCCAGAAACAGCGGCAAGAAGUCGGAGCCAAACUCGCCAACCAAGAAGCAGAAGGGCGACGGUACCAUAGGACGGCAUUUCCGAAGCAAGUCGACCGACAGCGUGGUCAGUGAGAGGCCAUCCUCCUCUGGCUCGACAACGGGUAGUGGGAUUCUGUCAAAGAUCAAACCCCAGCAGGGGCCGGCAGAUUUUGUGGCUUACCUGCGCAAGGUGCAGAAGCCCGAAGCAGUCGAGGUUGGAAAACUUCACAAGCUACGCUUACUUCUGCGAAACGAAACAGUCGCCUGGACAGAUGAGUUUGUGAGACAGGGUGGGAUGGAGGAGAUUGUAGCGCUGCUCCAUCGCAUCAUGGACGUUGAGUGGAGGGAGGAGCAUGAGGAUGCUCUUCUCCACGAGAAUCUUCUCUGCUUGAAAGCCCUCUGCACGACAGGCCUCGCGAUGCAGCAAUUACACUCGAUCCAGGGCAGUUUGUUUCCUGCGCUCUUGCACCUCAUCUUUGACCCGGAGAAGAAGGGGCCCAGCGAGUUCACCACUCGCAACAUCAUCACCUCGGUCCUCUUCACCUACAUUCAAUCGGCCUCACCAGAAGACCGCAUAGUCCGAGCCAGGACGGUCCUUGGCCAUCUUCGUGAUCCUGAGCCCAAGGACGAGGAGCGGCCUGUGGAAUUUGUCCUGGAGAUGCGCCGCCAACGCCCUUACCGUGUCUGGUGCAAAGAGGCCAUUAGCGUAACCAAGGAAGUCUUCUGGAUCUUCCUCCAUCACUUGAAUGUUGUGUACCUUCCGCGCGACCAGGAACAUUCGACUACCUCGUACUUUUCCCAACCAAAGGAUAGCCUGUCCUACAUCCAAGCACAUUUCCCUCAGGAACGCCCGCCAGUUCCAGCAGCUCCUUAUGUAGGUGGUGUAGAGUGGGAUGCAACCAACUACUUGGCAUCGCACCUCGAUCUGCUGAACGCCAUCAUUGCCUGCACGCCCACGCGGGAGGAACGCAACAACCUGCGUGAAUUCCUUCGGAUUUCGGGAUGGGAGCGCUGCAUGGGCGGUUCGAUGCGCCUGUGCAAGGAGAAAUUCUACCCCGGCGUCCACGACGCUUUGCGGGUAUGGGUCUCUGCGGCGCACGAGGAUGGCUGGGACGUCAAGGACGUGCGCUACGGACCACCACCGGAGCCUAAGAGCCCGGCCAAGGGUGGCGCCGGUAACAAGCCGAAGGCCGUGAAGAAAGAAGACGCGGCGGCGGCGCCUCCCAAGAUUGAGAUGCCGAAACUAGAUUUCGCAUUACCCUCUCCCCCUGCUGGGGCUGGCGGGAAGGGGGCCGCGAUCAAGAGCGACGACUACUGGCUUUCUUGA